AACAAUUAUAGUUCUCGCGGCAAUUUUGAGAACAUAAAAUAAUUCAAAAAAAAUUAACAUUCCUGUCCUGCUCCUGCAUCUUCGUGAUCCCAAUCGAACUCUCUGCAACUCAAUUUCUCAAAACCCUAACCCUAAUGGGAUUAAUAGAUGUUCUCCUCGUCGCUAAAGUAAUUCCAUACUUAGAUCAAGAACUCAAUAAACGCUACAAUCUUUUCCGCAUUUGGGAUUUCCCACAAAAAUCUCAACUUUUAACUCAACACGGCGCGUCGAUCCGUGCGGUGGUCGGAAAUGCAAGCGCCGGCGCCGAUUCUAACCUCAUUGAAGCGUUGCCGAAGCUUGAGAUUGUUUCCAGCUAUAGCGUUGGUGUUGAUAUGAUUGAUCUUAACAUGUGUAAGGAGAAAGGGAUUCGCGUAACGAAUACACCUGAUGUGUUGACUGAUGAUGUUGCUGAUUUGGCUAUUUGUUUGAUCCUUACGCUUCUUCGGAGGAUUUUGGAAUGUGAUCGAUUUGUUAGAAGUGGAAAUUGGAAGCGCGGUGAUUAUAAGUUGACAACUAAGUUCUCUGGGAAAACCAUUGGCAUUAUUGGAAUGGGAAGGAUUGGCACAGCAGUUGCCAAGAGAGCUGAAGGUUUUAAUUGUUCAAUAUGUUACUAUUCUAGAACUCAAAAGCAGGAACCAAAAUACAAGUACUAUCCAAGCCUUAUUGAGUUAGCAUCCAACUGCGACAUACUGGUUGUUGCCUGCCCUCUUACAGAGGAAACUCAUCACAUCAUCAACCGGGAGGUCAUUAAUGCACUUGGUCCGAAGGGUGUCCUAAUUAACAUUGGCCGAGGUAAGCAUGUUGAUGAGCCAGAGCUCGUCUCUGCAUUGCUUGAAGGUCGUUUGGGUGGUGCUGGACUUGAUGUGUAUGAAAACGAGCCUCAUGUUCCCGAAGAACUAUUUGGGCUAGAAAAUGUUGUCUUAUUGCCUCAUAUUGGAAGCGGCACGGUAGAAACUCGGGCUGCCAUGGCCGACCUUCUUCUUGGAAACUUGGAGGCUCAUUUCCUUGGAAAGCCACUGUUAACUCCUUUGGUUUAAUCUGCAUGCCACUAUUGAACUAUGGACAUAAGAUUGAUUGGCCGUUGACCUAGAAAAUCUGAUGGAAUGGCCUCCAUUCAGUUACAUCAUCAAUUAGUGACUCUUUUGAUGUGGAUUUGACGAUUGUGAGAGCGUCAGAUAUAUUGUUGCUUCAAUGAUUGUUGUAAAGAAUAAGUGAGUUCAUCUUAAUCGUGUAACAUCUUAUUCUGAUUAUCAAUCGAGAUUUGUUUUGACUUUACCCAAGAAAUUAUCUGGUGAAAUAGUUUUCGUUA